UUCAAGUAAUAUAUGCUUUCAAUCAGAUAACAGGGUCUCGUCAUUAGACGUCAAAUCGGACCGUAAUGUAUGCCAUAGUCUAUGAUAUAAAAUGAUUGAGAGCUCCCAUCAUUAGUUCAUUUUACUGUUUUAUUACAUUAUUGAAUAGUUAAUUUAAUUUGCAAAAUUAUAUAUUUAAUUUAUAUAUUUAAAUACUAAUCUCUUAUACUAAAAUGCGCGAAAACAAGUACAACGGAAACGGAGUUUUAAACGGCAAUACACUGUCGGACGGCAAGACUGCCGACACUUUCCUAUUCAGUUCCGAGUCUGUAGGCGAAGGACAUCCGGAUAAACUAUGCGACCAACUGAGCGAUGCCAUUCUGGACGCACACCUAAAACAGGACCCGCUCUCACGGGUCGCCUGCGAAACGGCCACCAAAUCGGGUCAGAUUGUAGUGUUGGGUGAAAUCACAUCCACAGCCAAUGUGGACAUUGAACAAGUGGUCAGAGACACUGUCAGGAGUAUUGGCUACGAUGAUAAAAGCAAAGGUCUGGACUACAAAUCAGCCAAAAUCAUGGUCUUACUGGACAAACAGGCGCAGGAGAUCGCGUCGGGUGUUCACGUGGAUCGGACCGAGGAUGACAUCGGGGCCGGAGAUCAGGGCCUUAUGUUUGGCUACGCCACCGACGAGACGGACGAAUGCAUGCCAUUGACAGUUGUCUUAUCGCACAAACUGAACGAAAAACUCGGCGAACUCCGACGGGACGGCACCUUUCCCUGGUGUCGACCCGAUUGCAAGACUCAGGUCACCUGCGAGUACUACUUUGACAACGGGCGCGCUGUGCCCACUCGGGUGCACACCGUUGUCGUCUCGACGCAACACUCGGAGGACAUAUCGCUGGACGAGUUGCGCAAAGAGAUAUUGGAAAAAGUGGUGCUCGAGGUGAUACCGGCC